GCGCUGCUCGGCACUUAUCACAGGGUAAUACAUGUUAGGACUCCAUAUGGAAAAGUUGCUUAAUCUGAAUUAUAGUGUGUAGCCGAAUGGACCUCUGUAACCCUGAGAGCAGUUCACCUUUACCUGGACAUAAACAAUGCCUAGAUGUGGAGAAGCGUGACAGCUCAAAUGAGAGCCAGGGAAAGGUCUCAGAAGAAGAAGUGUCAUCCAAGCUUCUGUCUUAUAUGUUUGUGCCGGUGCUGAAGACAUUGCCAAUUCAAAUCACGCUCACAGAGGCUGUGAAAACAGGACUACUCACAGGCAAACCAAAUAAGAAUUUAGGAGUUCCCAAGCAGAAGGCGACUGAACACACCAUGUCGGACGGAGGGCUUUUCAAGGCGGAGGUGAUCUAUAUCAGUGACUGUGAAAAACGUGGAGCAGGGGACAUGGUCCAACAGGAGACAUAUACUCGGCCACACAAGAUCAAGUUAAGCUAUAAAGCCCUCGCUGCAAUUCCCACAAACAUCGUUCUGUUGGACCAGCAGGCAAUUGAUGAUCAAGUGCACAAAGAAGGAGAUUCACAGGACCCAGUGGACAGACGUAAGAAAGAGGACACACAUGCAGAGAUGUGUUCCCCUGCACAGUUGCGAAAGCAGUCAGAAGAUCUGUACGCUGUCAUAGACGAAGUGUUAGAGGACCCCAUUCCAAUGCGCCAAGCAUCUCCCGCUCUCGCAUACUCCAGGGAAUCAAUGGACAAAUGUGCACCAAAGCGAUACACCUCAUUGCCAAGGUCAUUGGGACGUGAAACGAAAUAUGCAACCUUCAACCUACAACGGUCUGUUGAGAGAAAACUGGCAGACACCUAUAAGACCAAGCCUGGCGUAAUUCGACCUGCCAAUAUUAUCCCAAGAUUGCCAGAGGAACAUGAUGAUGAAGCGUUUCAUCCAAACCCCUUCAAACAAUAUCUGGACGAGUUGACUGUCAAUGACCAGAACAAGAUUUUCAGACAUGGGAACAGAGACAUUGAAACAGUACAACACACCCAGUCCUUUAAAACCCCGCCCACCCCACCGCUUCCGUCCGUCCCUCCCUCUCUUCCUCCCACCCACCCCUUCCAUCCCUCCCCCCCAAAGAAGUUACUGCAAACAUAACUUUGGACACGCCUACUCAUUCAAGGGCUUUUCUAAUCUAUGAAAUAACACAUAUGGAAUCAUGUAGUAACCCAAAAAAGUGUUAAACAAGUCAAAAUAUAUUUUAGAUUCUUCGAAGUAGCCACCUUGACUGAGAUGGUUUGGGAUGAGUUGGACUGCAGAGUGAAGGAAAAGCAGCCAACAAGUGCUCAGCAUAUGUGGGAACUCCUUCAAGACUGCUGGAAAAGCAUCCUCGGGAAGCUGGUUGAGAGAAUGCCUAGAGUGUGCAAAGCUGUCACCAAGGCAAAGGGUGGCUACUUUGAAGAAUCUCAAAUGUAAAACAUAUUUUGAUUUGUUUAACAUAUGUGUUAUUUCAUAGUUUUGAUGUCAUCACUAUUAUUCUACAAUGUUUAAUUAUAUAUGUUUUUAUUUCACCUUUUUUUAACCAGGUAAGCUUGUUGAGAACAAGUUCUCAUUUACAACUGUGACCUGGCCAAGAUAAAGCAAAGCAGUGCAACACAAACAACAACACAGAGUUACACAUGGAAUAAAUAAGCAUACAGUCAAUAACACAAUAGAAAAAAAAUAUGUCUAUAUACAGUGUGCGCAAAUGGCGUGAGGAGGUAAGGCAAUAAAUAGGCCAUAGUAGCGAAGUAAUUACAAUUUAGCAAAUUAACACUGGAGUGAUAGAUGAGCAGAUGGUGAUGUGCAAGUAGAAAUACUGGUGUGCAAAAGAGCAGAAAAGUAAAUAAAAACAAUAUGGGGAUGAGGUAGGUAGAUUGGCUGGGCUAUUUACAGAUGGGCUAUGUACUGUUGCAGCGAUCGGUUAGCUGCCCAGAUAGCUGAUGUUUAAAGUUAGUGAGGGAAAUAUAAGUCUCCAGCUUCAGAGAUUUUUGCAAUUUGUUCCAGUCAUUGGCAGCAGAGAACAGGUAGGAAAGGCGGCCAAAGGAGGUGUUGGCUUUGGGGAUGACCAGUGAGAUAUACCUGUAGAAAAUAGUAAAAAUAAAGAAAUACCCUUGAAUGAGUAGGUGUGUCCAAAUUUUUCACUGGUACUUUAAUUUGACUCAAAAGAAAAGUGAGUUUGUGGGUGAUUCUCCAAUACAAUGUCACAUUAUGUAAGCUCCUACUGACAAACUUUUUAUGUUCCUAUCAAGUACAUAUGAAGAGUUUAUUUCCAAAACACUAUACAGUGCCAACAGGACAAUGACCCUAAGCACACAGCCAAGGUAAUGCACGAGUGGCUUCAGGACAAGUCUCCGAAUGUCCUUGAGUGGCCCAGCCAGAGCCUGGGUUUAAACCGAUUGAAUAUCUCUGGAGAGACCUCAAAAUAGGUGUGUAGCAACGCUCCCCAUCCAACCUGACAGCGCUUGAAAGGAUCUGCAGAGAAGAAUGGGAGAAACUCCCCAAAUACAGGUGUGCCAAGCUUGUAGCGUCAUACCCAAGAAGACUCGAGGCUGUAAUCACUGCCAAAGGCACUUCAACAAAGUACUGAGUAAAGGGUCUGAAUACUUAAGUAAAUGUGAUAUUUCAUUUGUUUAUUAUUAAUAAAAUAGUAAACAUUUAUAAAAACCUGUUUUUCCUUUGUCAUUAUGGGUUAUUGUGUGUAGAUUGAUGAGGGGGUAAAAAACGAUUUAAUCCAUUUUAGAACAAGGCUGUAACCUAACAAAAUGAGCAAGGCUGUAACCUAACAAAAUGAGCAAGGCUUUAACCUAACAAAAUGAGUAAGGCUGUAACCUAACAAAAUGAGCAAGGCUGUAACCUAACAAAAUGAGUAAGGCUGUAACCUAACAAAAUGAGUAAGGCUGUAACCUAACAAAAUGAGCAAGGCUGUAACCUAACAAAAUGAGCAAGGCUGUAACGUAACAAAAUGAGCAAGGCUGUAACCUAACAAAAUGAGCAAGGCUGUAACCUAACAAAAUGAGCAAGGCUGUAACGUAACAAAAUUAUCAAGGCUGUAACCUAACAAAAUGAGCAAGGCUGUAACCUAACAAAAUGAGUAAGGCUGUAACCUAACAAAAUGAGUAAGGCUGUAACCUAACAAAAUGAGCAAGGCUGUAACGUAACAAAAUGAGCAAGGCUGUAACCUAACAAAAUGAGUAAGGCUGUAACCUAACAAAAUGAGCAAGGCUGUAACCUAACAAAAUGAGCAAGGCUGUAACCUAACAAAAUGAGCAAGGCUGUAACUUAACAAAAUGAGUAAGGCUGUAACCUAACAAAAUAAGCAAGGCUGGAGCCUAACAAAAU